AUGGCUGUCGCAAGGCCCAUUCGCAUGCUCGGUGCCUCGUGCAUCAUUCUCAUCCUCUUCCUGAUUUUCCAGAUGAACAAAACGCCCAUCAUUAGUAAGGGGCCAUACGCAACACAGCCGUAUGAGGGCAUAACUUCAGAUCCUCUCAAAGAGCCAACUGGAGAACCGACAGGCCACUUAUGGCGUGCGACAGAUGGCGACUAUUCUCCCGACAGCACCGACUCCCCUCGGGCCAGCGCGGCACUGAUCUCUCUCGUCCGCAACGAGGAGCUUAACGAGCUGAUUCCAUCCAUGCGUGAUCUCGAGCGCACCUGGAACAGCAAGUUCAACUACCCCUGGAUCUUCUUCAACGACGUGCCGUUCACUGAGGAAUUCAAGAAGCGCACACAGGCGGAAACCAAGGCGAAAUGCUACUACGAGCUGGUGCCCAAGGAACACUGGGAAGUCCCCGAGUGGAUCAAUUGGGAUCUCUUCAAAGAGUCGGCGCAGAUUCUGAAGGAGAAGAACAUCCAGUAUAGUGAUAAGGUCUCCUACCACCAGAUGUGCCGCUGGAAUAGUGGCCUGUUCUACAAGCACCCCGCUCUUGCCAAAUACCGUUACUACUGGCGUGUCGAGCCCAAGGUCAAGUUCUUCUGUGAUGUGGACUACGACGUUUUCCGUUACAUGGCCGACUACAACAUCACGUACGGUUUCACCAUCAAUCUUUUCGACGCUCCGGAGAGUAUUCCAUCUCUUUGGCCCGAGACCAAGAAGUUCCUCGCCGCAAACCCCUCCUAUGUUUCGGACAACAACAUGAUGAACUGGCUCACUGAUGACCAACUCCGCCCGGAGCACACCGAAGGAGGAAAUGGUUAUUCUACCUGCCAUUUCUGGUCCAACUUCGAGAUCGGAGACAUGGAGUUCUUCCGGGGCGAGCAGUAUUCUGCUUACUUUGACCAUCUGGACCGGUCUGGUGGUUUCUUCUACGAGAGAUGGGGCGAUGCUCCUGUACAUUCGAUUGGUGUUGGUCUCUUCGCGGACGCAGCCAAGGUUCAUUGGUACUUUGUCUUGAUCAGGUUCCGUGACAUUGGCUACAAUCACAUUCCCUACUACAACUGCCCCAACUCGCCGAAGUGUUCCGGCUGCACACCCGGCAAGAUGUAUGCCGGUGAAUCUUGGCUGGCUAAGGAGGAUUGCCGGCCUAGCUACUUCCAUCAUGUCGGAACACACUAG